AUGCAUCAUGCAGUGUUCAAACCAACUUCCCCUACAACACCUGUUAGACCCGCUUUUGACGCCUCGUGCAAGUCGAAGGGAAAUAUUUCGUUAAAUGACUGCUUAAUGAAAUGUCCAAAUUUGCUCAAAGACAUCCCAACUGCUCUUCUUAGAUUCAGACAGAAAAAAAUUGGAGUUGUUGCUGACAUUAAGAAGGCGCUUUUGCAAAUUUCAGUAGCAGAAGAGGAUCGCAAAGUUGUUUUUGGACUUAAUUGUAGUCCGCUUUUGCUGGGUGCUGUUUUAAGACAUCAUUUAGAUUCAUUUGCAUUUUCUCCAUAUCAAGAUGUUUCAGAGACACUUAAAUCUGCUUACUAUGUAGAUAACUGUGUUACUUCAGUUAAUUCUGAAAAUGAAUUACAAAGAUUUGUAAAAGUGUCUACAGAGAUCAUGGCCAAAGGAAAGUUAGAGUUGAGAGGAUGGGAAUAUUCUGCUGUUAAACGCUUAAGUGUUCCUAUGGUCCCAUCACAAGUUUUAGGUUUACUAUGGGACAAGAACGAAGACGUUAUUCUUUGCGAUACUCAAUCCAUUUCAAACCAUCCAGAAAAGAUAACUAGAAGGUCCAUUCUUUCCAUGGCUCAGCAAGUAUUUGAUCCGCUUGGAUUUUCAUGUCUAGCUACGUUGUAUCCUAUGUUACUAUUACAAGAGAGCUGGAGGUCUGAAUUAGGAUGGGAUACUGAGGUUUGUGAAGAUACAAAACUCAUAGUUCUAAAUUGGAUUGGAGAAAUGAGGAAACUAAAAGAUUUAAAAAUAAAAAGACAAGUGUUUCCUGAUAAUUAUCUGGAGUCAGAAUUACAUACCUUUUGCGAUGCAAGUGGUUUAUCUUACGCUGCUGUAGUUUACUUGAGAUGUGAGACAGAUGAAAAUACUUCGGUACAAUUAUUGAUGGCUAAAUCCAGAGUGGCACCAUUAAAGAAGAUUUCUAUAUCCAGGUUAGAGCUUUUAGCCUGCUGUAUUGCCACACGUUUGGCUGAUUUAGUACGGAGAAGUUUGAAAAUAAACCUUAAGCAAUUCUUUUGGACGGACUCAACUACUGCGUUGCAGUGGAUUCAAAGGAAAGAGUCCUGGGGUGUGUUUGUGAGGAACAGGGUCAAGGAAAUCCUUAAGACAUCCACAAAGGAGAGCUGGAGACACAUUCCAGGUGAUUACAACCCAGCAGAUCUACCUUCCCGGGGGUGCUCUGUGGAAAAGCUUAUAAAAUCUAGAUGGUGGGAGGGGCCACACUGGCCCAGAACGCCGGUUGGAAGUUGGCCAAGUACAGAGAUGAGGACAAAUGAGGAAGAAGUACGCCUAGAAAUACACAACUGUUCAACACUUUUACUUAUCGAAAACAGUGAAGAUUUCCUAUAUUACUUCUCAACUUAUACCAGAAUUAUACGCAUGAUGUCAUGGAUAUUAAGAUUUAUUCAUAACUCAAGAGACAAAACCAAUUUUCGAAAGGGAGAAUUAUCAGUAAAGGAAUUAGAUGAAGCUGAAAGAGUUUCGAUAAAAAGAAUGCAAGGAGAAGUAUUUACUCCGCAAUUUAUCAAUAGUUUGAAGACUUUAAACGUUUUUACAGAUGAAAAUGGAAUUAAUAGAGUAAAGACGAAAUUAAUUGACAGGAAAGAUACUGAUUUGUUUAGAUACCCUUAUCUUCUUCCGAGUAAACACAAAUUUGUAGAAGUAUUGAUUCGAGAAAACCAUUUGGAACUUAUGCAUGCUGGAUUACAAACUGUUCUGUCUAACUUAAGGGAGAAAUUUUGGGUUCUAGGUGGAAGACGAUCUGUUCGCCACGUAAUUAAUAAGUGUAUAAAGUGCAGAAGGCGCACAGUGAAGCCUGUUGAAACCGCUCCAAUUUCCUUACCAGAAGAUCGUGUCAAGAACGCUUCAGUUUUAGAAAUUGUAGGAGUAGACUUGGCUGGUCCUUUGAUAUUGAAAGGUGGGCAAAAGAGCUGGCUUGUGCUUUUCACGUGUGCGGUGUUCAGAGCUGUACACUUAGAAUUGGUCAGUUCGUUGUCUACCAAAGACUUCUUACUCUGUUUAAGAAGAUUCAUCGCUCGUCGAGGACGACCAAGUGUUGUAUAUAGUGACAACGGUACAAAUUUUGUAGGAGCGGAAAACCUUUUCCGAAGCAUUGAUUGGAGUGUCGUCGAAUCAGAAACAACAGUUAAAAGAAUUGUGUGGAAAUUUAUCCCGCCCUCCGCCGCCUGGUAG